AUGAAUGCUCAGAUAUCAUUUCUCGACGGGACAUUUCGCCUAAUACAUAUCCCCUUGCACCUGUACCCGAACUUCCUUCAACCAAUAUUACAGGUUCUUCUUCCUCAAGGUGAUGAUGAUUCUCUUAGCAAUGAGGCCGAAGGUCUUAGCAUCGAUAAUAAGCAUGGAUUCCUUAACAUAAGCAUUACGCCUGUUGAAUGUUCGGUUGUGUGUCAUAGUAGUUGGGCCAAGAAUGUUUUCGAACCGGUGAUUAAGCGUCUACCGCCAAAUAUCUCUAAGACGGUUACGAUUUCGAAGGAUACUUAUCUAAUUCUCUCGGUAAUAAGUGCCGGCAUGGAUGCUGGGAGUCGAGUGAUGGACUUGACCUCACCCCUUGCGUUGGCGGGUGUGCCUAUCUUUUUCAUUACUACUUACUAUUCGGACUUUAUCCUGGUUCCUUGCAAAGAUCGGCAAACGGUUGUGCAGGUACUUCUGGCCCGAAAUUUCGAGUUUGAUCAGGACGAGUCGGCCUACGUAUCACCCAGCGCAAUGUCUCAUGUACGCGGGAGGAGUCAAGGUAGCGACCCGCCUUCGACGCCACCACCAUCGACCGUGGCAGAAUUACAAGUACGUACGUUUGAGUUAUUGAAAAAGCGAAACGUCGUCCCGUAUAUCAGCCCUUACCUCAGCUUGGUGCAAUGUUCCGGCAGGGAUCUGUCUCGGUUAGUCGAUUAUAGCCGCCGUCCCGCUUUGAGUAGGCGUUUGAGCGGGAAUGGACACCGAAGGAGUUGGCUCGAUAACGUCGAUACGAAAUUAUAUACAAGCCUAAUAUCGGUUCUAGCCAAGCAACCCAGGUUCCUAUCAAUUACUUUAGCUCAGGAAGAUCCACCGUCUUUACUACUUGAUAGGGAAUAUCUGGGUGUUUUUGGGGACUCCAUAGUCGGUGAUACCGAAGGCGAUCUGGUCCCUAUCUUUCUCGACCUUGUCAAUCUUCCUCUGGAGGCCACGGGCAUCGUUUCAGGAGUUGCUGGAAAGCUUAUUUCGGAGAUGGGGAUGGAAGAAACCGGUGUCAGCAGCGAACUCUCAUAUCUUUCCACUGCACAAGCCGGCGCCGUUAUUCUAUCAAGUAAACAGGCUAUUAGGGCUCUUGAGGUUUUGAAACCUCUCCUCGCUAAAGAUUAG